CAACAGCAAGUAACCGUUUUGUGAGAAGAUGUUAAGGGAGGGAAGAAAGUAGUCAGCAGAUAGUGGAUGUUUCUGCAAGGAAAAGCGUCUGCUUUCUGCUUGGCAGAGGGAGGAAAAAUGACCACAAAUGCUGCUGCUCAGGGAAGCUGCGCUAAACAGAAUCUCUCAAAAAGAAGCCUAGAAUACGUCAGGGAGAGUCCAGCAAAACGAAAAGCCAGCUGGGGUAUUCUCACCAGCCAAGGUUCUUGGGCAGAUCGCUCACCACUGCAUGAAGCAGCAAGUCAGGGACGUCUCCUUUCUCUAAAAACUUUAAUUGCACAGGGUUACAAUGUAGAUGCUCUAACAAUCGAUCAAGUGACACCACUGCAUGAGGCUUGCCUAGGAGAUCAUGUAGGGUGUGCUAGAAUCCUUCUUGAAGCAGGAGCAAAUGUAAAUGCUACAACAAUUGAUGGAAUGACCCCCCUGUUCAAUGCAUGUUCAAGAGGGAGUGCGCCUUGUGUGGAGCUUCUCUUGGAAUAUGGUGCCAAAGCUCAGUGGGAGACAUGCCUUCCCUCUCCAACUCAUGAAGCAGCCAGCAGAGGUCACAGUAACUGCCUAGAGCUGCUAAUCUCUCGGGGUAUAGAUGUUGACCAAGACAUUCCUCACCUGGGAACACCUCUAUAUGUAGCUUGUGUUUCUCAGCAGAAACAGUGUGUUCGCAAGCUUCUGCAUGCAGGCGCAAAUGUGCAAAGAGGAAAAUUUUUGGAAACUCCACUGCAUGCAGCUGCCAGGCAAUCUAGUACAGAAAUAGUAAAUAUUCUUCUUGAAUUUGGAGCAGAUAUCAAUACCAAAAAUGCAGAAUUGGAACGACCUGUAGAUGUAGCUCCUCCACGCAGCAUGGUGGAAACAGUAUUGCUUCUACAGGAAGCUACCCCAUGUUCUCUGUGCCAACUGUGCAGACUACGCAUCCGAAGCUAUAUAGGAAGAGCCAGAUUAGACCUCGUGCCACAACUCCAGUUGCCAACCAUAUUGAAAGAGUUCUUGCAAUACAGAUGAAGUAGCAAGUAGUUUUGAAAGACUUGAUAAAACAAGAUUUGUAUUGUACGUUGCACAAAAAAAAUCUGUGGGAUGUCAGAAGCAGACUUUUACAUACUAACAUGUGUCUUUAUUAGCAACAUGAAAUGAUCAUGAUGUAACAAAUAUCUGAACGUUUUCUUGAGCAGCCCAGUGACAAGGUGCUUAUAUAAAUUAAUUUUUUUAAAAAAUAUUAAUUUUCUGAAAAUAUUAGCUGAGGCAAAAUAAUAAGGUUCAUGGCUGAAUUAUGGAGACCCCUGUCUGACAGCUGUCUUGGUAUUUUGUGGCAAACCAGAUACACCACUGAGGAUCUCUUUUUCCCUUAUGCCAUUUCAUUUAGUGCCGAUGCCCCCCACCCUGACUGUUUUUAGUGAGAAUUACCUUCCCAAUCACAAAAAAUGACAUUGGAGAAAGAAUUCAGCAGCCCCCUGCCCCUGAUUCGGACUAGGCCACACCAUAACUCAGGGGCGUACCUAGGCAAACUGGAGCCCUGGGCAAAACCUGAGUUUGAUGCC